CAGCUAAAAACAAUACAUCUGUGGUCAGAUAUGGUCAUUAUUGUUGCUGACCAUGUCCAGCCAGUGCUGGCUGAAGACUGGACACGUGUUCACACUGAGGACGAGCUAUUCAGGACCCUGUUUGGAGGCUACAGCAAGUGGACGCGUCCGGCGCGAAACAUCACCGAUGUGGUCAUCGUCAAGUUUGGCCUCUCGAUCGCACAGCUGAUAGACGUGGAUGAGAAAAAUCAGAUGAUGACGACCAAUGUGUGGCUAAAACAGGAAUGGACUGACUACAAGCUUCAGUGGAGUCCCUCCGACUUUGACAAUGUGACGUCCAUUAGAGUUCCUUCUGAGCUCAUCUGGGUGCCAGAUAUUGUGCUGUACAACAAUGCAGAUGGAGAGUUUGCCGUCACCCACAUGACCAAGGCCCAUCUGUUUCACACCGGGCGUGUCCGCUGGGUGCCCCCAGCCAUCUACAAGUCCUCCUGCUCCAUUGACGUCACCUUCUUCCCUUUUGACCAGCAGACCUGCAAGAUGAAGUUCGGUUCCUGGACGUACGACCGCGCCAAGAUUGACCUGGAGCCCUUUGAGAAUGCAGUGGACCUGAAGGAUUACUGGGAGAGCGGAGAGUGGGCAAUUGUUAAUGCUGUGGGCACCUACAACACCAAGAAAUACGACUGCUGCCAUGAGAUCUACCCUGACAUCACCUACUACUUUGUCAUCCACCGCCUCCCUUUGUUCUACACCAUCAACCUCAUCAUCCCCUGCCUCCUCAUCUCCUGCCUCACCGUCCUGGUCUUCUACCUACCGUCGGACUGUGGCGAGAAAAUCACACUGUGCAUCUCUGUGCUGCUGUCGCUCACCGUUUUCCUGCUGCUCAUCACGGAGAUCAUCCCUUCCACGUCGCUGGUCAUACCGCUGAUUGGGGAGUAUCUGCUCUUCACUAUGAUUUUCGUCACGUUAUCCAUCGUCAUCACUGUGUUUGUGCUGAACGUUCACCACCGCUCGUCAGCGACUCACACCAUGCCUCGUUGGGUUCGGAGGCUUUUCCUCUCGGCGGUGCCACGCUGGUUGUGCAUGAAGCGUCCAGAGCAUGGUCUCAGGCCUGUAAGGUGA